UCAGCAGUAAACUGACUAUUUUGCGUAUGAUUAUUUGUCAUGUGCAGUCAACACUAUAAAAAAUAUUUUGUCACUUGCUGUCGUUUGAAAAUGACAGCAAAAUUACGCAUGGCUCAGGUAACGACCAACCGCGGCUCAGCUUGCAAACGUGGUUACCUGAAGAUGUGAUGUCAGUCUUGGGCAACGCUGCCUCCCUACGGAUGGAGAAGGGAUGGCCUUUCCACACGUGAAUAUCCGAGACCACCGUGUGCGUGCGUGCGAAAAGCAUGACGCUGAUCUGACUCAAAAAUAAAUGGACGUGCCCGCUGAUCCACAAAGGCACACCUCGACAAAUUGAUCGUGCGUCCCGAUACUUUUGUCCCGAGGCUCACUCCGUUACACUCCGUAGGACGCGCGUGACCGCUGGGUGGCGCUGUGGUGCCUCGGUGUUGCCAAGGGAGACCGCAUAAAAACACCUCGUGCAAGUCUUCAAUGGCUUCAAGAGUCCCUGAACUAAACUCUCACUACGACAGGCUGGACGUGGACCACCGGGACCCCAACAGAGAAAACGUGUGCUACUGUUCUGAUCUUCUACCGUGACUUUUCCCCCAUUUCUUCUUUUUUUGAGGUAAAACGAGUAGCGGUGGAAUUUAAAAAAAAAAGAUCGGCCGGAGGCAUUUUAAGCCGUAUUCACGGACUCCAGUGGUGAGUAUUCGCCACGGUUCACGGGACGAGGCUACGUAGUUGAUUUAGGUGUUAGCGGCACCUUGGUCCUUAGCUAAUCUGUGCCGUUUAAACUAUAGGGAAGGAAAAAAUCAUACAAAUGCGGCGUUUUACUCAACGUCACCCAGCCUGCUCAAACUUCCUUCGAAAACUAAAUUCAAGCAGCCAUUCUCGCCAAAACUGACAUUUAACUGCUUGUUAGUCGCAAAAUAGUUGCACAUGACGGCUUUUUAAUCUCCUCAAAGCAGCAGUUGGAGCGACUAACGGUAACAUUUCCACCUUUAGAGGUAUCGGCGGUUAGCAAGUUUAACCACGCAGUUCGAUGUAUAAAAGUGACUCUUUAGAUGUUGUAGUUGUCGAUUAGAUGCUAACCUCGUCUCGGCCAUUUUUCAUCACUUAAUGGUUACGGUAUCACUCAAGCACAGCGCAGAACACAUACAUUUUCAUAAGCUACGUUAUCAAUUGUAACAUGACACAAGCACGUCCAUUAUUUCCCUCGAGUAUGUGACGGGACUUGGUCACAAACGUGGCUGUGAAUAUACUGUAUUGUCAUGGUAGUGUUCCACAAUAAUUAAGUUAAAGACUCAAAUGUACUCCUUGAUUGAUGAUGGGUGAAGAACUGUACAAUAUAUACAUCGACUAUCAAGGGUCCGAUUUAAAACAACAAAAAAAGCCAAUUUAAAGUCUCAGUUGGGGUUCUCUGAUUUGGUCGCCGAGAAGACGUUAAAAUGAGAGACAGCGCAUGAAGUGUGAGGAAGAUCCAUAGAAUGAGGACCAGUCUUCCUCUAAGUGGAUGCUUGCUCAUGUUAUUGACAUCAUUUCAUGCACAUAUUAAAGAAGUUAAUUUCAAGUGAUUAUCAGGUCUUUUUUUUUGGUACGUGUGUUAAUUCUUUAUCUUGGUCAUUUGAUUAGGUUAUAUUUGAUCAUUUCACCUCCUAUUCUAUCCUAUACACAUAACUGACACUCCUGUUCAGGUACCUCGGCCUGCUGAGAUAUCCAAGGAUUAAUUAAGGCUGUGGCGACAGAUGGCCCUCUCCUAGUCUCCGCUGUUUGUCAGCCGCCAGUCUAAACUGAGAUAAAUGCUUCCAGGGCUUGGAGCAAGAGAUUGUGUGGGGAGGGGGGUUGGGGUGCUGCCAAUUGUGAUUAGCUGAGGCAAGUCAGGAGUAAAGGGGGAGGGCUGCCAGGAGUCUGAUAUAAAUGGCUACUGGACAUAAGCAAAAAAAAAUAGACCUUGUUGUCAAGGUACAUAUGUACCUGCAGGAUAGGAUACCUUACAAGAUAGCCUGUACAAUGUAUAAUAAGCCUUAUGGAGCUGACCGCUUGCAAUUUCAAUUAGAGGCGAGUGUGCUAUUUUAACAUGUAAAAAUAUCAAAACUAUAUUUAAAAGAUGCAUGUCAGGAAUGAUAUGAGGGAAGGAAUCACUAGGGACAUGUUGGGGCCUGUAUGAGGGCUUUUGAGAGUCUUGAUUAGAACAAGAAGGUAAGAAUGUAUUGGCGGGAUUAAAAUUGAGCAAACGAGAGCCUGAUAAUGGUGUUCUUUGAUAAACUUCUUGUGAGACGAAAUAUUGAACGCUCCGGUUCGAGUCUGCCUUUAUGUGGGUAUUUAUACGACCUUCAUGUUUGCAUGCAUUUCAGGAUGAAUGUCUGCCCCCUCAUCUUCAUCCCCUGUUGGAGUAAAAUGGCCCCAGAUGAGAGACUCACCAACCCGUCCUCUUUACAGCUGAGCUGAGUUCAGCCAAGACUGAGGUGGUCUGAGCUUUAUGCUGGGGGGCAGUGAUGAUCACGUCCCACAUGAACGGUUACGUACAGGAGGGCGCUGCCCAGGCUAUUGGCCACAGGGAGCGGGCGGUGGACUGUCCCGGCGACGAGAGUUGCCUCGUCCAGCCUGUUCACUGCAGCGCCCAGAUGGAGAGAAUCCAGCACUACCAGGACGAGCUGAGAAAGAGGAGGGAAGAGGACGGCCGGGGCAGGCACGACAUCGACCCCGACGCUUCGCUGAGGCUCAAGAAGCUGGCGCAGAACCUAAAAGUGGGCGUUGACAAUCCCACCUUUGAGGGGAAGGAAAAUGCUACCAAAGAUGCACAUUCCCAGGUUCCUCUUGCCGAGCUGGAGGAGCUGCUGCAGGCCGUCAAGUGGGCGCAGCAAUGUCUGACCGACGCUCAGAGCCAGCAGGAUGCCGAGCUGCUGCUCCAGCUGCUCGCCAAGGACGACUUCAAGUGCGCCUACAGCAUCUACACCGUCGUGUCCCAAAAGAUGAACCGAGUGACCCCCACCUCACCCCUCACGGUGCAAGCGCAGGAGCUAUGCCUAGAGGUCCAGAAGAUCCUCCAGUCCAAUCAACAGAGAGAAGGCUUGGAGCUCAGGGCUCUGUUGACCAAUCCUCAUCUCCAGGCACUGAUGCAAGCACAUGACAGCUUAGCUGUGCAAGAAAUGGCAGAGGACAACGUGAUACAGUAUUUUGGAGAAACUGUUAAAAUGGUGCGGCUGCAUAAGACCCGUGACACUCCGCUGGGUGCGACUGUGCGGAACGACAUGGACAGCGUGGUGGUGAGCCGCGUAGUGAAAGGCGGCACCGCAGAGCGCAGCGGCCUGCUCAACGAAGGGGACGAGAUCCUGGAGAUCAACGGCGUGUCCGUUCGCGGGAAGCACGUCAAUGAAGUUCACGACUUGUUGCAACAAAUGCACGGCACUUUGACCUUCCUUCUCAUCCCGAGCGCUCAGAUUAAACCUGCCCUACACAGACAGACCGUGAUGCACGUACGAGCUUACUUUGACUACGACCCCUCGGAUGACCCUUUUGUGCCGUGUCGGGAGCUGGGCCUGGCUUUUCAGAAAGGAGAUAUUCUCCAUGUAAUAAGCCAGGACGACCCCAACUGGUGGCAGGCCUACAGGGACGGAGAUGAAGAAAACCAGUUGCUGGCGGGACUCGUUCCAGGAAAGUGCUUCCAGCAACAGAGAGAGACCUUGAAGAGAACACCGCCAGACCGGAGUAGGGAACAACAAGGGAAACGUUGGUAUGUGAAGAAAAACAAGAAACCGAAGAAGAAAAGCACAUCUCCUCUGAGCAAAAACACCGAACCAGAUGAAGUCCUGACCUAUGAGGAGAUGUCUCUCUAUCACCAGCCUGCCAACCGCAAACGUCCCAUCGCUCUGAUCGCUCCGACAAACAGCGGCCACGACGAGCUGCGGCGCAGGCUGCUUGCUGUUGAACCGGACAAGUUUGCCGUCGCCGUCCCACACACGACCAGAAGCCCGAGGAUACACGAGCGAAAUGGGCGCGAGUACCACUUUGUCAGUCGACAAGGCUUUGAGGCCGACUUGUCCGCGGGGAAGUUCAUCGAGUCCGGGGAGUACGAGAAGAACCUGUACGGAACCAGCACGGACUCUGUGCGACACGUGGUCAACUCUGGACGCAUCUGCUUGCUCUGCCUGCACACCAGGUCAUUGAAGCCCCUGAGGUCCUCCAACCUCAAGCCCUUCGUCAUUUUCAUUGCGCCUCCUUCUCAAGAAAGACUGCGCACCCUGCUGGCUAGUGAGAGAAAAACACCCAAGCCGGAGGAGCUCAAGGAAGUCAUCGAGAAGGCUCGCGAGAUGGAGCAGGACUUCGGCCAUGUUUUUGACGCCACAGUCGUGAACGUUGCGCCAAACGAGGCUUUCUUUGAAGUGCGCAAACUCAUCGAGAAGCUGGACACAGAGCCUCAGUGGGUGCCCACCUCCUGGCUCUGCUGAGCUCCUCUGGAGGAGCACAUGGACGUUGUGGAAGCCUCCAGUUGAAGGACAGGUGCAAUAUUUUUCAUUUGCACAUUUCCUCAGAAAUGGACUCGGGUUUCUUACAAUUCUUUGUAUGUCUACUUUGUUCAUCCCCUCCUCCCAACUUUAGCCGUUUAUGAAGCAUAGACGUAGCUGAAUAUUUAUAUUUGUACAUACAAAUUCUCUGUGAAAGAUGUAAACAUCUUACUCCAAAAUUGUAUGUCUAUAAUGGGAGCGUCAAAAUGAUAUGCCGUAACAAUUUAAGAGUCUGCAGUUCCAUUUGAUAAUAGAUGUGCGGGGUUUUUUUCCUUAUCGCAAUCAGUAUUAUAAUUAUUAUUAUUAUUGUAUUUUGCUUGAUCUCAUUUAUCUUUUAUUGAAAGCCCUCAAACCAAACUUGUAUAUAAUGACUGGUUAUCAUUAAACAGUAUAUUAUAAAAUACAAUACAAUACAUGCUGAUUUAUAUAGCGCUUUCACAACAGCGGCAGCUGUAACAAAGCGCUUAACAAAACAGUUAACAUAAAGUAAAAUAAUAAACAACACAUAACAUAAAACACGGACAGUCGUGCAGUCCUAACCACUUUUCCGUCACUGCAAACCCCCCUCCCCACCACCACCCUUAACACAAAUAAGCCCGUUAUUCAUACCUGUCCACAAUGUGGGAAAGGCAACAGUGUGGUGCAAAAUCUCCGCCACGAUUCAGGUGAGGUCCCAAAAGAGAAGAGUGCCGAGACUCACUUAUUUUGGACACUAGCAGCAAUUCUCUCACACUGGCCAGGAGAUGGCGACAAGGCAGCGGUUACCGUACUUUGUGGCAUGUGAUUUUUGGAUAAAAUGUAAUAAACCAUUUCUCCGGCAAGCCAAAGCAGUCAUGAUGACCGGUCACCAGGUGGCGAUAGUGUGCAAAGCGCAAAUAAAUGAGCAGAAAAUAUUG